AUGCAGACAUACAGGAAACUGCUUGAGGAAAUCAUUGCUAAUAACGAAUCAGAAGAGGAUUGUGCUCAAGCCAUAAAAUGCCUUGCCGCUUUCAAUAAUGAGAAAUCGUCACCGGAUGUAGAAACUUCUUGGAUAUCGGACACAACCAAUUUACCAAGAAAACAGAAAUCCGUAAGUUAUUCCGAUGUUGAGAGCAUUGAAGUCAAUGAUGAUGAGAACGACGCUUAUCCUAAAGUUGCAAAUGGAAAAAAUAAUGUACCAUCAAAGGAAAGGACCAGUAGAGGAAAAAAACCGAAUGAAGAGCAAAGGACGCUGUUCGAUGAAACAAAUGAAGAGAUUUUGAUGGAAAAUAUCGACGAAAAUAGAGGCACAAAUCCAAGAUUGGCACAAGAUUUUUCGAACAAAAUUGUGUGGAAUCCUCAACCAGUUCCUGAUCAUCUUCAAAAGUACUUUAAUAAUAACUGCGAUAACAUUCAAGACGAUAAUCUUAAAGAUAUUCAUACAAGUAUUCAAUUUAUAAAAGGAAAUAUAAACUUGUUUCAUGGUAUCUUGACAGAGGAGGAGUUAUAG